CUGCGAACCAGCGGAAACCACUGUCAAUUGCAUCUGUUCCGAUCUGAACAUCACGGAACUUUUCUUAAAGGAGAUCGAGAAUCGAUUUCCUAUCCGCUGACCGUGGAUUACAUUCACAGCAUCAAAAGAAGAAGACCCCAUUCAGUAACAGCCGAACUUCGAACGUUUGUCACAGCAGAAUUACUCCUCCAUCAAAGAGACAAGUUCGACGAUACGAUUACAGUGGUAACCAACCCGAUAUGCACGAUUACGAACACAGUGGCCAAGGGAUGUUACCUCUGCCCGCAGGGAGCAACAGCAGAGGUGAUUUGUCAUACAGAUGGAAAUGAUACUGUGGCAACAAUUCAAUGUGAGGACCGGUUUUUUCACAAUCCCAUUACCAGGAAGGGAGCAGAAUCAACACUGCGUUUCAGUCACACAUCGGCAAGGAUUCACCAAAGAUGCAAUGUGUCCUGCGGUAAUGUGGGAGCUACCUUCGAAAUCACUGGCAUUCUUCAGUGGGUACAUACCAUACAUGGGUAUGCAGCUCGGAUUAUAGCGGGAGAAGCAACAUUUUCGACGAGAUCCGCUUACCCGACUUUGGUCACAUAUUUGAUGUACUCCUGCAUUGCCACUACGGGAACGGACGUCAUAGCUAAAGCAUCACCGGUGCCCAAACCAACAUCGCCAGCCAAACCAACACAGCCGGCCAAGCGCCUGAAUCCGCCACCAAAACCUGUUGCGCCAGCCGUGCCUAAAAUUAUGGACAAAGCCAAGAAGACGUCAUCAGCCACUACGGGAACGGACGUCAUAGCUAAAGCAUCACCGGUGCCCAAACCAACAUCGCCAGCCAAACCAACACAGCCGGCCAAGCGCCUGAAUCCGCCACCAAAACCUGUUGCGCCAGCCGUGCCUAAAAGUGCCCCUCCCCCUCUACCAAGCGAGCUUCUACAACAGGGAAGUCGAGUAUUGCAGCUAGCAGCCAGCAAAGUCGAUCAACUAGCACCAGCCAUUACCGCGUUCGAAAAGCUCCUACAAGCUCAGCAGGAGCAAAGCGUAGGUGCUUUGAAAGCAGCUGAAUCCAAAAUUGACAAACUUGUGUCCACCGCGGAAGCAAUCGAGACUCGUAUCAGUCAGAUGGAGAAGCUCGUGACGGAAACCGUAGCAAUUCCGAAAGUCCAGGAGCAAUCAUCCGCACCUACCCAGUGGAAAGACCUUCAAGAGGACAUCAGAGACCUGAAAGCCAAGGUGGAAGCAAUGAAUAUGUCCCAGCUCUUGGAAGGCAUCGACGAGCUAAAUGGAGUCGACAGAGACCAGCAGUCACUCGCCCUGGUGGAGCCCUCUCCCGAACUGGAGAGGAUUCAGCGACAAAUUGACGAAACCAAUCGCGAGCUGAAGGGAAUCAGAGACUCGAUGGUCGAAGUUAACAACUCUAUCGAAAGAGAAAGGCGAGAAGGUAAAGGAAGGACUGGAUCGGCGAGGGCGAUAGAUGAUCUGAAGCAAAGGAGAUCACGUCUGCAAGCAAAGGAAGAUCGUGUUGAACGAGAGAUGCGGGACCUGGAGCAUCGACUUGAGAGAGCAUGGGCUCGAGAAGAGAGAGGUCGGGAAAGAAGCGGCUCGAGAAGACCGGCGGAAAACAGGCACCACGAAAGCGGUUGA